GGCGGCGAGAGCGGCGGGGGCGGUCAGGCUGCGGGACCGGGCGGUUACCGGGAGCACAGAGCCAGGGGCCGAAGCGGGCGCACCGCCAACGCGGUCACGUGCGCGGCCCCACCUCUCCUGCGCGCCUCCCCCGCGCGCUGUUCUCUCCAUUCAUAAAUUCUCCGUCGGCUCCGCGGCCACCGAGCUCCAGAGCCAACCGGGAGAGCCGUGUAUCUGCUGCCCGCCCUCCCGCCGCCCAUGGGCCGCACGCCCCGGCGCUGAGUCUCAAAAUGCAGCCCACGGCCACCAUGGCCACAGCGGCCGCCACUACCGCCACCGUUGCCCUGACGACUUCGUGGGACAAUGCCACCAGCCGCCCCACGGCGGAGCCUGACCCCAUCUUGGACAACUAUGUGCUGCUCGUGGUGGUGAUGUCGCUGUUCGUUGGAGGCACGCUGGUGGUACUGUCUGGCGUUCUUCUGCUCUGCAAACGCUGCUGGGAGGUGCAUCAGCGCUUCAACAGAGCCAUGGAGGAAGCAGAGAAGACCACCACUACCUACCUGGACAACGGCACCCACCCUAUACAAGACCCCGACUGCAGGGGGGAAGACCCCGAGGGCCAGGACACCGAAACAGAGCGCUUCCUAGCCACCAGCUCCACCGGCCGCCGCGUGUCCUUCAACGAAGCUGCCCUGUUCGAACAGAGCCGCAAGGCUCAGGACAAGGGCCGCCGGUACACCCUGACAGAAGGGGAUUUCCAUCACCUCAAGAAUGCCCGCCUCACCCACCUCCACCUACCGCCCCUCAAAAUUGCUACUAUCCAUGAGUGUGAUUCAGGGGAGGCCAGCGCAGCGGCCACCCCCCACCCAGCUACCACCCCCAAGGACAGCUUGGCUAUUUUCCAGCCCCCUGGGAAGACCCUCACUGGCCACUCAGCGGGCCCCAGCUCUGCCCUGCCAGGUGAUCCCUACAACUCCGUGGACUUCUCGGAGAUCAGCCCCUCAGCCUCCAGUGACUCUGGGGAGGGCACCUCGUUAGAUGCCGGUACCCGGGGUGCCAAAGCUGCCGGGCCUGAGACAGUGCCUGGGGAGAUGGGCACAGGCUCCUCUGGAGCGGGAACUGUUCUGCAGUUCUUCACUCGGCUGCGCCGCCAUGCCAGCCUGGAUGGAGCCAGCCCCUACUUCAAGGUCAAGAAAUGGAAGCUGGAACCCAGCCAGAGAGCGUCCAGUCUGGACACGAGAGGUUCCCCUAAGCGGCAUCACUUUCAGCGGCAGCGGGCAGCCAGUGAGAGCAUGGAGCAGGAGGGGGAUGUCCCCCAUGCCGACUUCAUUCAAUACAUUGCCAGCGCAGGCGACUCGGUGGCCUUCCCACCCCCCCGCCCCUUUCUGGCCAGCCCCACCAGCCCACCCCCCACUCUCGGCAGGCUAGAGGCAGCUGAGGCGGCGGGAGGAGCAAGCCCCGGGACUCCUCCGGAGCAUGGCAUCAGUUUGGGGCCCGAGCAUGCGCAGCAGCAGGACCCGCAGCAAGAGCAGGACGCCGAGCAUGCACAGUGCAGCUACCGUGACCUGUGGAGCCUUCGUGCUUCGCUCGAGCUCCACGCAGCCACUGCAUCAGACCACAGCAGCAGCGGUAAUGACCGCGACUCAGUACGCAGCGGCGACAGCUCGGGCUCGGGUUCUGGGGGUGGGGGCGCAGCACCCGCCUUCCCGCCCCCUCCCGAGUCUCCACCUGCUUUGCGGCCUAAGGACGGCGAGGCCCGCCGCCUGCUACAGAUGGACAGUGGCUACGCGAGCAUCGAGGGACGAGGGGCGGGCGACGAAGUUUCUGAACUUCCUGCUCCAGCCCGUAGUCCUCCCCGCAGCCCGCGAGCCUGGCCACGCAGGCCACGUCGCGAUUACAGCAUUGACGAGAAGACGGACGCUCUUUUCCAUGAGUUCCUGCGCCAUGACCCGCAUUUUGACGAUGCUCCGCGUCACCGCGCACGUGCGCAUCCGCACAGUCAUGCGCGGAAGCAAUGGCAACAGAGAGGCCGGCAGCACAGCGACCCCGGAGGCGCACGUGCGGCCACGCCCCCUGGGGCGACCCGCCCCACACGUGCGCCCUUACGCCGCGGGGACAGCGUUGACUGUCCUCCUGAAGGCCGUGCGUUGCCCAUCACGGGUGACGACCCAUCCAUUCCUGUCAUCGAGGAGGAACCUGGAGGUGGAGGCGGUGGUUGCCCAGGUUCUGGGUUGUGUGUUGAGCCCGCUGGGGCACUGCUGGACAAGCUAGCAGCCAGCCUCGACGAGAGACUCUUCUCUCCCCAUCUUGCUGAGCCAGCUGCCUCAUCCCCGGUGCUGAUUGUCGCUGCUGCCGCCCCUACAUCCCCUGACCACAGCCCGGCCUAAGCUCUGUGUACUGGACCUGCCUCUUGGCUGCUCCUCCAGCAGCAGCACGUGGGGCCGCCAUGGGAAUGGUGACGACAGCGGGAGCAACCUGAGGUUGCUGUGCAUGGGUACGCGGCCCACAUCCCAAGUGUGCACAUAAAGUGUCCCCCUGGGGCACUUAGCAGGGCACAGUGGCCUCCGGAAGCACGAGGCUCCAGGACCGAGGCUCAGCUGCAGGGAGGAUGGAGAGAUUGGACUCUGGGAUCCAUAGACAGCUGACCCCGGCACCCAGCCUUGGCCAUAGAUGGGGGUGGAGCAGGUUCUGAGGUGCAAGUGCAGCCUGCCUCCAGGAUCAGCUGAACCUCCACUCGUGAGCACGUGUUGGCGGUGCCACUGCCUGCCAUAAGCAUGCGCGAACCCACUGGAGGGGAGGUGACUGUGGGGCACUGAGGACCAGCGAGGAGCUCGCCGCCCCGCCCUGAAUCCAUUUACCCUGUCCAUGGUAUGCACUUUGUAGCAGCUGUACCCUUCCUCUCCAAGCGAGAGAGCAAUAACCACACCCGCUCUGCAUGUGCACAGCCUGUCCCAUUCCUACCCAAGAGCCUCGGGCUUCGGACACACGGACACAACAGCCCAGGUGGCAGCAUCAAGUUUCCCAAGCUUUAUUUAUUGCCAAAAGAUAGGGCAGCCUCGCCAUGAGUGCCCGCCCACUCCCUGCCCUGUGCCCUCUGUGGUUGGUCGUGUUGUCUGGUUGAUCAUAAAUGUCUCUGCAUAUUUGUUUGCUCUGGGUUUUCUCUGCAGGCAACCAUGUGCCCCGCCUGCUCCAUAGUUCCAAACACCCUCAUAGCCACCACUCAAAUCCACCUGUUUUAUUAAAAAAAAAGAAA